AUGGGUCCAUACAUUCCCGCUAUAUUGUUCAAAUUCGGACUUGGGAGAAGACCUGUUACAGCACUCAUUGACAUUGCAAGUGCAAUUCUAUGGGUUGUACUCAUUUUCAUGACAGAAAAACUCUUUUGGUUGGGUUUCGUCGUACGUGUUUUACAAGGUUUCGUACUUGGUGCUAUGGCAGGUAUUGGUCCACUUCUACUCCUUGAAAUUAGUCCAAUUGAUCAAACAGGCUUAUAUGGCACAUUCAAUCAGAUAUUUGCUGUAAUUGGAGCAAUUUUCAUGUUCUUGAUCGGAGAAUAUCAAAAGCCAUACGUCAUGUGCAUCUUUUCAGUAUGUGUACAUGUGUUACAACUCUUCCUAAUUUGGGUAAUCCCUGCUGAAGCAUUCAAAGAACGUAAAGUUGAACAAGAUGAUAAACCAAAGGAGUCAAUAUGCCAGAAGAAGUAUAUAUGGCCUUUCAUUAUACUUUUUGUACUAAUGCUCUGUCAGCAAUUUUCCGGAAUCAAUGCGAUUGUAUCUGAUUUGGCCGGAAUUUUUGAGAGAGCAGGUAUUAAAGGCAUAAGACCUGGUGUGCAAGCUGUCAUUGCUACAUUAGCCCAGAUUUUGGCUUGCUGCGUUUCUGGAGUUUUAAUCAAAACUUUAGGAAGGAGAGCGAUGUUUACAAUAUCAGGCAUUAUGUGUGCAGCUACAUUGAUAACAUUUGGUUGCAACAAUAAGUUCAAUUGGAACGAUGUUCUUCCGGUCAUUUUAAUUUUCUUGUAUGGAUUUGCUUAUGGACUUGGACUUGGCCCUAUACCAUGGUACUCAUCUCCUGAAAUGUUUGAUCCUUCAAUCAGACCAAUCGCUGCUUCCAUCAACGGCAUGGCUUCUCGAAUCUUUUGUUUCGUUAUUGUUUAUAUUUCUCCUGCAAUUCAAAAGUCUAAGAUUGGAAUGCCUGGUUUGAUGAUCUUUUACGGAAUAAUUUCCUUCCUUGGAGGUAUAUUCGGCUUCUUCUUCGUAAGAGAGCCUGUUGUACCAACAGAUAUAUCAGAAGAUCCCAAGUCUGAUUAUGAUUCAAUAUAA